AUGGCCAGCGAGGGGGAGCUCGGGCGCCGCCGUCGCUGCUGCUGCUGCGCGCAAGAUGCGCCCGAUGUCCCCAAGGUCCCCGAGCCCCGUGGUGACAGCGAUGGCCCCCGCCGGGGCUCCCUCUGUGACCGUCACGGUGCCACCAUCAACAACGUGCAGGGGGACCUGGGGGACCUGGGCUGCCACCUCCACCGUCCCCGUCUGCCCCCAGCCACCUCCACCCCGUCCUGCUGCCAGCAGCACUCGGAGGAGAUCUGCGAGAGCUGCCUGGGGAAAACCACCCUGACAGCUGAGAACCUGGUGGAGGCCAACAAGCUCUCCAACAACUACAAGUUUGGCUUCAAGAAGUGGAAGAGCCACGUGACGGCGCGGCCCUGGGAGGACCGCUCGGAGAUCGUCAAAGAGCUCUACUCAGACCUCAACAUCAUCCGGGCCUCUGGAGGGUCCACGGUGACGUGCGGGAACGUCCUUUACCUGCUGCUCUUUGGCUGGUGGCUCUCGCUCCUCUACGUCCUCGUGGCUGCCAUGAUGUUUGUCACCAUUGUGGGAGCUCCUUAUGGGCGGCUCUGCUGGGACCUGGCCGGGUAUUUCCUCUGGCCCUUUGGCAAAGUCAUCCAAAAAGUGGAGGUCCCCAAAUCCCAACGGGUGUUGAGCGCGUGCGAGACGGGCUCGGAGGAGAGCUCAGCCCUGCUUGGUGGCCCCGUGCCCCGGCGCUGGCGCCCGCGGUGCUGGGAGGUGACUGGAUACUGGCAACGUGCCGGUGCCGUGGCGUGGCUUUGCCUGGGCUACCUGCCCCUGGUGCUGGCCCAUGGGCUCGUGUGUGUCACCGCCUGGCUCCUCGUGGUCCUCAUCCCCGUGGCCAAGCUCAACGCCCGCACCACCGCCCGCGUUCUGCUGCUGCCCCCACAGCGUGUGCUCGUCCGGCAUCUGAGGAUGACUGAGGUGCCACUGGAAGGGGAGGUGAUCCUCUGCUGCUACCGUGCUGUCAACCCCUACUACUACAAAUACACCGUGGAUGGCAUCAAUGUCUUUGCUGUCAACCUUCUGCCUUUGGUGCUGGUGACACUGGUGCUGGGCUACGUGGACAGCCACAACCGCCUGACCAGCUCCUCCAUCAAGUUCACCUUGGCCUUGCUCUCCAUCAUGCCUCUCUCCUACUACAUUGGGAUGGCCAUCGCCAGCAUCUCGGCCCAGAGCAACUUUGCUGUGGGAGCUGUGGUCAAUGCCACCUUUGGCUCCAUCACAGAGCUCACCUUCUACAUCACAGCACUCAUCAAGGGCUCACGUGAGGGCAACCGCUGCUACGCCGAGAUCGUCAAGUCGGCCUUGACGGGGACACUGGUGGGCUGUGUCCUCUUUGUCCCGGGGCUGUGCAUGGUGAUCGGGGGCAUCAGGCACCAGGAGCAACGGUUCAACAGCCGCUCGGCGGGUGUCAGCUCAGCCCUCCUCUUCCUCUCCGUGGGAGGUGUCUUUGCCCCAACACUCUUCUCCAAGGUCUAUGGGAAGCUGGUGUGUGGAGAGUGCCACAACGUCACCCAGAACCCUCUGGGACACUACCUCUGUCACAACUGUCACUUUGACCUGAUGGACAACAAUGGCACCCUCUACUACAGCCACGUCCAACCCCUGGUGUACACAGUGUCCCUCCUGCUCCCUGCUGCCUACCUCAUCGGCCUCUUCUUCACCCUGAAAACUCACUCACACAUCUAUGACAUCCACGUCAGUGACUGUCACAUGCCCGGUCACCACCACAGUGCUGUGGUUCACUGGUCUCGUUGGAGGGCCCUGCUCAUCCUCUUGCUCUCCACCCUCUGCAUGUCAGCCUGUGCUGACCUGGCCACGGAGCACAUCAGCCCCAUCCUCACCAACUCCACCAUCUCCCAGUACUUCAUUGGUGUCACCGUGCUGGCCAUGGUGCCUGAGCUGCCAGAGAUUGUCAAUGGCAUCCAGUUUGCCCUGCAGAACAACCUGAGCUUGAGCAUCGAGAUUGGGAACUGCAUUGCUGUCCAGGUCUGCAUGCUCCAGAUCCCCAUCCUGGUGCUCUUCACCAUCUUCUAUCCAACCAACUUCACACUUGUCUUCAGUGACCUCCACGUCUACGCCAGCAUGUUCAGCGUGGUGCUCAUCAACUACAUCUUCAUGGAUGGCAAAUGUGACUACUUCCAAGGCACGGUGCUGGUGAUGGUUUACUUCAUCCUGCUGGCUGUCUACUUCUUCGCCCCAUCACCAAGUGGCUGCUGA